UCCACUCUCAAUUAUUCAAAGUCACACCAUACACCCCCUAUUAACAGACAAUUCCCAAAAAAGCUACUAAUUUGUCUCUUUCAAGAAACCUCACAUUCUUCAUCAUCAUUAAUGUGCUUUAAGGAAAAAAAGGUUCAUUCAGUUUUGGUUGGCUGAUGACCAACUUUAUGAAGGGAUGGCUUGUGAAAAAUCUCACAAGAUUCACAUCAAUCUAAAUAGUUCUAUCACUUUUGCCAAUUCUUGUUUUUGCCAAACAAGACUUUAAGGAAAAUCAUUCUGUGGUUUUUAUGAAUUUGGAAAGUUUUAUAGCAAAACCUUGAAUCCCUUUUGAGAUGUGCGGGAUUGGUACUACUAUUACUAUGUUGCCUGACGUUUGUGGAUGUAGCUUGAUGUUAACACUGCCUGAUGAUGUGUUUGCGUUAGUAAGUAGAUCACUUACACCAAGGGAUCUGUGUAAUCUUGGUUUAUGCUGUAGAAACUUGCAUGAUUUAGCUUCCUCUGAAAAGGUUUGGCUCCCACAAUGUGAGAGGCUCGGGGUGGUUCCUUAUAGGGACGUUAUUGAAUGGCGAAAGGGGGUCUCUUCCUACAAGGCGCUUUGUCACUUCCUUGUAAGCAUUAAACCUUUGCUUGGUAUUUGGGUUCAUCAAAAUCCUGAACUCGGGAAUGUUGUAUAUGUUAUGCCUGGUUUUAUCUCUGCUGUUGGUUGUCGGAUCAUUCCCCAAGAACUUGGUCCGUUAGGCCUUGAAGAAGGGCCAAUUUUGUGGUCGCCUGUAUUUGAAGUUGUUUCUGAUUUUGAGGGGUCUGCUGCAUUUUUCCUGCAUGGUAGGGAGAAUGGAACGGACUAUGUUUAUCCUGGUUCGCUCAAGAAGGUCGAGAGGACUUGCAAUGUGCUUCUGUUAGAGGUUGAGCCUCAGCAGCGCGGAAGUGGGGUUAAGUUGCUCCACAGCAAGAGCUUUAUUCAUCCUUCAGAGAAUGAGGCAUCACGGAAGAUAUGCAGGUCCAAUAGUGGGGUUUCGUUGUCAGAAAGGGUAAUGGGACAGCAUGCAACCACAGUGCCGUUCGGUCGGCUUGCAUUUGUUGAUAGGAGAAAGUUGCUUGAUACAGUUACUAACCAAGUUCGUCAAACACUGCCAGAUGCUAAAGAUGCCAUAUUAUUUCCUCGUUUGAGAAGAAAGGAGGCUGAUUUACGAGAGGAUAUGGAACUUUUGUACGAAAGGAGAUUUCUCUUUAUGAAAAUAUGCGAUGAUGGUGGUGGUUUUACUGUAUGGAAGGCUGGUUCCGAGUUUCCUUUGCAUCCUUCUCAUAUUGGAUUGAGUGAGUUCAGACAGAAUCUUGAUCUGAUAAGUGGCUGUCAUGCAUCACAAACUGCUGCUGAUCAUGAGAGUCGGAGUCGGAAGACACUUGCUGAAUAUGUUAGACACAGUCUAAAAUAUAUACUCAGGAAGUCAAACUCUAUCAACAGCAAGCGUGAUCUUCUUAGGAAGAGUUCAUCUGGCAAUGGAAGUAAGCAUGCCCAGCUUCACGAGUUCCUGAAACCAGGUGAUACAAUAGGGCUGACAUUACAUGCUUCAACUAUGAAGUUAUCCUCUUAUCGUGCUUGGCCAAAUAUGCACGACAGUAAAUUUGCUCUGUACAAGUUGCCUAUGCGGCCACCGGAAGUGGGCCAAGAAUAUGCUGGUGUAUGGGGAGGGACUUUUGGUUGGCCCCCGGGGAGGCCUUCUGAUGAUGAUAAACCUGGAAAAGCACUGUUUCUUCUUUUGCUGUCUUAUGAGGAGUCCCAAGGGCAGAAGCUACUUAUCGCUACCAAAAUAUUAGAAGGUACACAUUAUGUUUUGCAUCCUAAUGGCUCAGCUAUGUUUAUAGUGAACAUUGAAGAGCCUUCGAACGAUCCAUUCCCUUGGUCCACCGAUGAACAUGAUUCCAACACUCUAGAUGAUGUCCAGCAUGCUUUUACGGGUGAAGGUAUUGCUAACGGGUAUGGUUUCCGAUAUCCUGGUUCAAAACCUGGUUCGCUCUAUGUGAUCAACGAUAACCUGCUUGCUUUUAUGUGGAAGGAGUCCCAGGCUGUAUUGGCCUUGCAGAGGCUCGAUUUGCAAGAGGUUUUGAGCAAGGGAGAAAGGAUUCCUCCUCUACCUCCAGUUUCAAAUUUUGCAUACCUUACCAGGUCCUAUUCAAAUGUGUUUGCCAAUGGCCUGACUUCACCAAGGCAGAAUCAUCAGGGCUGACAAACGGGUGGAAAACAGCUUAAGUUCGUUGUACUUUUAAGUUCGUUCAAUUCAUACAGGCAGGUUUUUGAGAUGCGUGCUUCGCAAGGUUUUUUUGGUUUCUUCACAGACAAAACAAAGGCAUGAUAGUACUAGUACUGUACUCAACUGCUCGUGGCGUAUGACGAGAUUCUUCUACAUUCUGUCUAUGAUUCCUGGCAGUAAUAAGCUUCUUCAAACCAUUGUGUAUUAGUAUUAUAACGAGGUGUUACCAUUUCCGUAGUUGUAACAAUCUUUGUGCUAUUGUUAAUUAGGAAGAUUCCCAGUUCCCUUGUAGAAGGAAUGAGGCUGCACCUUCUCUUGUUAAUUAUUUGUUGUAAACUUCUAUGAAAAUUUAUGAUUGAGUUGAUGUCUUCCAUUGGGAAUUAA